AUGGACAUCUACGGUCGCAUCCAAAUCCUUCGCAAAGAGCUGCUGAAUGCCACACUAGGGCUGGAAAAGAAAGACUUAUGGGCUUCCCAGUGCCCCUCUUGUUUUGGACCCAAAAAAUCUGAUGAAGUGAGUAGCUUGGAUGGAACAGAUGCCAUUAUAGCUAUGGAUGGAAACUUCCAACAUAGGCAUCACCACUUCGCAAGUACUGAUGUUCCUUCUGAGAGCGACUAUCCAUCAAUUUUUAUCACACCUUCACAAAUCAAUGCGCAUGAGAAUCAAAUACAAUCUACCAACGAAGAAGCGGCGGGAGUUCAAAAAUUUGGACUCCUUUACGACAUUGGGUGCCAUUUAGAUGCGCAUGUCAAAAAGCAGGCUAUAGAUAGCAUGGAAGAAUGCCAAGUCAAACUGCAAGAGAUCUACGGUCGGUUCAACCACUUCUCCGAUGAGUGCUAUACAUCACAGUUCUUCGAAGCACAAUGGAUUGCGGAGAGGUCGUACUAUGGCAAUAGAGAUCAUGUGAAGGAAGAACAGAAGAUUGAGCUGGGAAAACUACUUGCAUUAGAACAGGAUUUGAUUGAAGAAUGGGAGGAAAUAAGAUCUCCAGAGGAGUCUCUUGCAUGUGUACGAUCAAUGCGGGAAAUUCAACUCAAAAUAGAACAGCAGCGUCAGCGCAUUGGUGCCAACGAGCUACUGGCUGGGCUCACACCUGAAUCCGAAUCGCUCUUCCUUAAAGUUUGGUGGGCCAAAACCAAUCUCAGACAGAAGUUCCUUGCUCUACUUGAGGAGAAGAGGCCCCUCGAUGCCGUCCGAAAAGGUGUAGCCUCCAAAUUGGGGACCGACGGGAAGGAACGGCUCAUAAUUGCCAUACGCAAGCGGACUGCCGCCUUGCAAGCUGUCCUCAACACUUAUAACCGCCACCUUGAUGCAUUUCACCUCGCUUUUCCGCAACUAACCACGCUAAAGAAAAUCGAGUAUGAUGAGCUAAUGAGCUUGGAUGCAGACAGCUCAUUUUGGAGCGAUGGUGUGUUCACAAACAAAGAGGAGCCAUGGGCUGUUGACGCUGACACUCAGGACGGUAUGCGACUACUUGCACGUCUGACAAGAUGUGAAGAGGAAGUGCGGCGAAUCGGCCAGGAGAUCCGCAGGGCUGCUCGUUGGGCAAUCACCGAACACAACCGAAUAAUUCCUUUGAUGUUUGGGCUCACCUCCGAAAUGGACUGGGCAAAUGCGAGGCUUCAACCUGUCAUGAAUCAUUCAAUCUUACAGACAUUGUCAAGUGAUGAUGAUCAAUUAGAUGCAAUCAAAGCCAUCCUCCACAACCACUUUAUCGAGCUAUCAUCCCUACAGUUACACUGGAACACCAAGUUGGUUUCCCUUGUAUCUGCUUCAGGGCCUUAUGAAAAUGAUAACGAACUAAUAAAUGAUUGGAAUGAGCAACUUGUGCGCCUAACAUUUCUAAAAGCGAGUGGACACUUAUCAGUGGUUGCUGGUGAUUUCAACAAUGCCAUCGGCAACGCCUUGGACAAUGUCGAUGAAGCAGCUCUCCAAAACUUCCUUACCCAAGAUUUCAACGGCGGCGCUGCUCCUACUAAUUCUCAGGAUGGACAACAUGACGAGGAUGAAAACAAUGAACUUCUAGCCCCAAAUGCAGAUCAAUUUGAACUUGCUCUAGAGCAAGAAGCUCUGACUAAUGCCCUGGCAAACGAGAUCUGA